AUGGCUACCAAUGCGUACACCAAGGCGGCCAGCCGUGCCGAUACCGGCAUAGCGAAGGAGACCCUGACCGAGAUAUCUACUCAACUCAGUGUCUUCGAUCUCAUUCCUCCAAGAGUGUACAUUAAAUUUAUCGUUUAUCUACCACUGAAGCCUCAAGUCAGCUUCCAACAGGCAUUCUCCCACCUUCAGACCGGCCUUCACUCAACCUUGCGGCAAUUCCCUUUCCUCAAUGGUCGCAUCUACCCACGCAAGGAGCAUGAGACCGGUUGGAGACCGGGGCAUAUUGUGGUGUCUUAUGAUCCAGAGAGCCCAAAUACCGCAGAGGUAGCUCCCCGACAGCUUGCCUUCAAGGAUUUGUCGCAGGUGCUGCCCGACUACGAGGAUCUUCGCGACUCAGGGUUCGAGUUCUCGGCCUUUGACGAUGAACUCGUCCUAGCCGCCCCGUUCAUGCCAGACUUGACUGGCGGCGCCGAUGUGUUUCUGGCGCAAGCGAAUUUCGUCAACGGCGGAUGCGUUCUCGCGACGGGAUUCCAUCAUUCCGCAAGCGACGCGACCGGUAUGGUCACAGCAAUGCGUGCGUGGUCAGAACACUGUAGAAACCUCUCGCAGCCGGACGUCAACGUCUGCAGCUGGCUGGCUCCCGAGAGUUUCGAUCGUACACUGCUUGAGCGGUUGUGGAGUCAGUCGCCUGCCAAGCCCGCUGCCGAGAUCUCGCGCGAUACAUGGGGCUUUCUCGGCUUCCAACCGCCGGAUGCGGAGGAAGAAGCGGCAUCUGCUGCAACCCCACCCUCGGCCCCGCCUCGGACCAUGGAGUCUAGCAUCUUCUACAUCUCUCCGGACAACUUCAACAAUCUGAAGAAGGACGUAUUAGAUGAUUCUCAUGAUGGAGCGGGAUUGUCAGCAAAUGAUGCACUUUUGUCGCUUUUCUGGCGCGCCCUCAUGAGAGCGCGGUACAAGGCGGCCAUCGCGUCUGGACAGCCUGCGCCGGCGGACGAAAUAUCAUACCUGGAGUCGCCUGUUGAUGGUCGCACUGAUUUCGACCCAGAACUCCCAGCAUCGUAUGCUGGAAAUCUUGUCAUCGUCAACAAAGUGCCGAUGCAGAUGGCUGAGCUCGUGUCGCCGACAACGAGUUUACGCGAUGUCGCCCUUCAAAUUCGCACACAGGCGGCCAAGGUAAAUCCGGGGCUUGUCAAGGACGCGUUCACGCUUAUGCGCGAGGUCCCUGAUUAUACGAAGCUGAAGCAUGCUUUCACCCGGCUUGAUGGUUUUGAUGUCAUGAUCACGUCGGUUUUGUUGUUGCCGUUGGAUAAGAUCAACUUCGGCGGGCAUGUAUUUGGUAAUGAUGGCAAGCCGGAAUCAUUGCGACCCUUGAUGGAUGCUUUCAAUGCUAAUUUCAGGCUUUGCAUGGUACUGCCGAUGAAGGGUCAUGGGGGUAUCGAGCUGCUUGUGAGUUUGUUCGCUGACGAGAUGGAGCAACUGCAGGCAGAUGAGGAGUUUACAAAGUAUGCUGCAUUUUGCUGUCAUUAG